UAGAUAUAUCAUUUCACUUUCUUGAGAAACUCAACAAAACUCACAAACACAAUCUUAUCUUUAUUAUAUUAUUAAAGAAAGAAAAAACAAAUUCUUUCUCUUUUUCUUAUAUAAAGAUUUGUUCUUGUUCAAAAUAUUAUUAUUAUUAUUCUCUUUAAUAGAAAGAAGAUUUUGAGUACUUUUUUUUUUGUUUAACAUGGAAGGUCCAUUGUCAACAUGGCCAUGGAACAAUUUGGGAACUUUCAAGUAUUUACUAUAUGGACCUUUCAUAGCAAAAUGGUUUUAUUCAAGAUCACAAGAAGACAAUAACAUCAAAGAAACAACAUGGUGUUUACAUAUUCUCAUCAUAUGUUUUCUAAGAUGUUCAAUCCAUAGUUGUUGGAAUUCAUUUAGUAACAUGUUGUUCUUAACAAGAAAUAGAAGAAUAAUCAAAGAAGGUGUCGAUUUCAAGCAAGUUGACAAUGAAUGGGAUUGGGAUAAUUUUGUAUUGCUUCAAGCUAUGAUGGGUUCAUUAGGUUUCUACAUGUUUCAAGACCAAAUAAAUCUUCCUUUAUGGGAUUUAAGAGGAUUUUUGGCUAUUAUAAUUCUCCAUAUUGCAAUUUCAGAGCCACUUUAUUAUUUAUUACAUAAAUGCUUUCAUGGAAAUUAUUUAUUCAAUAAUUAUCAUUCACUUCAUCAUUCUUCACCAGUACCCCAACCAUUUACAGCUGGUCAUGCUACAUUUUUGGAGCAUAUAAUAUUAGGUGGAAUUAUUGGAAUUCCAAUUCUUGGAUCUUGUUUAUUGGGAUAUGGAUCAUUAACUAUGAUUUAUGGAUAUUUGUUGAUAUUUGAUUGGCUAAGAUGUUUGGGACAUUGCAAUUUUGAGAUUAUUCCUCAUCAAUUAUUUCAAGCAAUUCCUUUUCUCAAAUAUUUAAUCUACACCCCAACGUACCAUAGCCUACACCACACAGAAAAGGGGACCAAUUAUUGUUUAUUUAUGCCAAUUUUUGAUGUGUUAGGGAAUACACUUAAUCCAAAAUCAUGGGAUAUGCACACAAAAUUAAGUGUUGAAUCAGGUAAAAAUGGUAGGGUGCCAGAUUUUGUAUUUUUGGCACAUAUAGUGGACAUGAGUUCUGCAAUGCAUGCACCAUUUAUAUUCAGAUCAUUUGCCUCAACUCCAUUUUGCACUAGGCUCUUCUUGAUACCUUUUUUGCCUAUAGUUUUUGUGACCAUGUUUGUCAUGUGGGCAUACUCUAAGGUCUUUUUAGCAACUUUUUAUAACUUGAGGGGCCGAUUGCAUCAAACUUGGGUAGUUCCUCGCUUUGGUUUCCAGUAUUUCUUGCCAUUUGCUGCUGAAGGAAUUAAUAACCAAAUUGAACAAGCAAUUCUUAGAGCUGAUAAAAUGGGAGUCAAAGUUAUCAGCCUUGCUGCAUUAAAUAAGAAUGAGGCACUAAAUGGAGGUGGAACAUUAUUUGUGAACAAACAUCCAAAUCUUAAAGUGAGAGUUGUUCAUGGAAAUACAUUAACAGCAGCAGUAAUUCUUAAAGAAAUUCCACAAAAUGUUACUGAAGUUUUUUUAACUGGAGCUACUUCUAAACUUGGUAGAGUUAUUGCACUUUACCUAUGUAGAAGACAAGUUCGUGUACUGAUGUUAACUUUGUCAACUGAAAGAUUUCAGAAGAUCCAAAAGGAGGCUCCUGUUGAAUAUCAAAAAUACCUAGUCCAAGUCACAAAGUAUCAAGCUGCCAAAAAUUGCAAGGCAUGGAUAGUUGGAAAAUGGAUAACACCAAGAGAACAAAGUUAUGCACCAAAAGGAACACAUUUUCACCAAUUUGUUGUUCCUCCAAUUUUGGCAUUUAGAAGAGAUUGUACUUAUGGUGAUCUUGCAGCUAUGAGAUUACCUGAUGAUGUUCAAGGAGUUUCUUCUUGUGAGUACACAAUGGAGAGAGGGGUAGUCCAUGCAUGCCAUGCAGGAGGGGUGGUGCAUUCAUUAGAAGGAUGGACACAUCAUGAAGUUGGAGCAAUUGAUGUAAACAGAAUUGACUUAGUUUGGGAUGCAGCAGUGAAACAUGGUCUUAAACCAGUGUCAUUUAUCAAAAAGACAGACUAAUUAAAUUAAAUGAGAAGUAUGAACAAAUUUGUUACGACACACUCCAACUUCACAGCGGUUUUGUUACCCCCUGAACUCAAUUUUAGCGCAUUUUUGACACCCUUUUAUGUUGACGUGACACCUUUUGUAGCUGAUAUGACACCUUUGACAUGAGCCAUAUUUUAUGUAAUAAAGGUGUCAUGUCAGCACAAAAGGAAAUGUCAAGAAUGCGCUAAAAUUGAGUUCAAAGGGGGUAAUAGGACCCCUGUGAAAUUGGAGUGCGUCGUAUCAACUUUGGCCAUAGUUUCGAGGGGGUACUGGAUGCUUUAUAUAGCCAAAAACAAGAAGAAAAAUGGGGGAAAAAAAAGAAAGGGGUUGGCCUAGAAUUAACUAAUUGAAUAUUGAUUCAAUUUAAAGAGAGAAUUUUUAUUACUUUUAUAAAUGCAUAUAUAGAUUGUUAUAUUCCAAUGACUAUGUACAUUAGAUACUAAAUCUUUCAAUUUAUUUUCUCA